AUGUCCUCCCAAAAUCCCCUACCCUUGGUGACGACAAAGACAGUCCCUGGUCCUGCCCCAAAUGGCAUGGGCAAUGGCCUCUUUGCUACCGCGGAUAUCAAAAUUGGAGAGGAUGUCGUGCAUGCUAAAGUGCCCUUCGUGGCGGUUCUGGACUCGCCGCGACUGGAUGAUACUUGUUCCGCUUGUUUUGGGAAGAGGCAGAUGGAGGCUGGGACGGAGUUGAAGGCUUGUACUGGGUGUCGGGUUGUUAAGUAUUGUGAUCGGACAUGUCAAGCCAAAGACUGGAAAUUUGCCCAUUCUUUGGAAUGUGCUGUUUUCCAACGACUCAAGCCCCAAGUGCUACCCAAUAAUGGACGGGCCCUUCUACGGAUGGUUCUUCGUACCUGGAAGGGGAAAUAUAAUACCCAGGAGCUUGGAGUCUUUACAAAUCUUGAGACUCAUAUCCAAGACAUCCAGGAAAUCCAGGCUCAUCUGGACAGGAUCAAUCUCACGUCCAAAGCAGUCAAGAGUUACUCGGAGACGGAUAUGUCUCAAGAAGCUAUCAUGGCCUAUGCGGCAAGAUUGGAUCUCAACUCGUUCAAUCUGACUACGGCCAUGUAUGACCGUAUUGGACUCUACUUGCAUCCAUACGCUGCUCUGAUCAACCACAGCUGCGACUACAAUGCCACAGUUGGAUUUGACGGAGAGGAACUCUACAUCAAAGCCAUUCGACCCAUCAAAAAGGAUGAACAAAUCUUCAUCUCCUACAUCGACACAACAACCCCCAACGAAGUCCGCCGCAAGGAGCUGUCCGAACGAUACUUUUUCGACUGCAAGUGCACCAAGUGUGCAAAGGGAACCGACACCCCCGAAAACAAAUUCUCCCAAACUCCCAAGGACAUGUCCACCCUCGAGACGGCCGAAAAAGAAGCCUUGGAGCUCAUGCAAGAAGCAUCCAGAUCCGACGGCAAACCCGAAGAGGAAAUCAAGAAACUCGAAUCCGCCAUGCGCAUCCUUAAGCAGACAUCCAAUUGGCCCCUAACCCGACAACCAUACGCCUCCCUACGUGACCAACUCAUCAUCUCCCUCCUAUCCGUCAACAACUUCAGCAAAGCCUUCCUCCACGCCGCCAUCAGAUACCUCCGCAUCGAUCCCGUCCUCUUCAACCCUGCGCAUCCGAUCCGCCAACUCCACGGUUGGAUCCUAGCUAAGCUGGCCAUCUAUCUCUCUCAAGAGGGAUUUGAGAGUAACUCAAAGGAAGCUACUCUGAUACGGGAAUCGGAACUGAACUUCCACUACGUCUUGUGGUAUAUCCUUGCUGAUCUCGCCAGUCGGCAGUUGGAGAGCUGCACGGUUCCUAGCUUCAAGAGACUUGUUGGGGCUAAUUUUGCGCAAGUUCAUAAUGAAUUCAAGGCAAAUGGCAUGGAUCCUAGUACCUCUAAAGCUAUUGUUAGUGCCGAGUGGAAAAAGUUGGAGAGACUGGUUCAGGUAGCAUUAGACAAGGAAUAA